UUCUUUUUAUGGACAACACAGUUGGCCAGAAAGAUAGUCAGGGCAAUGUUGCUGAAGAGGAGGUAGUUUCAUGUAAAAACGAACCAGAAAAUAUAAAGGAAGUUGUUAAGGGGACUGAAGGAAAGGACUCGGCUACUGGUAAUACUUACUCAUUAAUAGAAACAAUUUCAAUGCAAAAAGAAGACAUGGGUGGCACCAGUCAAAGUAGCACAACAGAGACUCCAGCAAAAGUGGGCUGCGAACCCGGGCCGUUUGAACCACAACGACAGGAUAUUGCUUUUUCAUCUCCUAAAAAUAGUAUUAUAGACCCACUUGUAUCUAUUUCUGACUCUACUUCUGAUCCAUAUAAACCAAAUAAUAUGUUUUUUAAGCAUGAAAAUCAUAUAGCUUCAGAUUCACAAACUUCCUAUCAUUUAGAUUAUAGUACUGAAAAAAACAACCUUUCUGUGAUCUCUGAGGAAGGAAUGAUUACUGAAAAAGAUUAUUCCGGUCCUUCUGGAAAACCCAUACCUUUAACUGUAUUAUCUUCUAGCAUGAACUCCUCUAAAAUUGUGACACCAAAACAAAUCGUUCGAAUAGAAAGAGAUUAUACUCGUGGUGAAAUAAAUUGA